AUCCAUUCCUGCCAACAUCAUAAAUGGGAUUCUUGAGGUUCCAUGUCCUGUUUCUCCUCGUAUUCUUCGAAUCUUUUCUUCCGUUGUUUUCCUCUUCCUCCCUUCUUUCUUUCGGGUUUUAUUCAGACACUUGCCCGGCUGCGGAGACAAUGGUGAAAGAAACGGUAAGAUCAGCUGCGGCCUUGGAUCCAACCGUUCCCGGGAAGCUCCUCCGCUUGCUUUUCCACGACUGCUUUGUCGAGGGCUGCGAUGCUUCGAUACUAUUACAAGGGAAUGGAACAGAACGUGGCGAUCCGGCGAAUAAGUCGCUGGGAGGAUUUUCAGUGAUCGACUCGGCUAAAAGACUGCUCGAAAUCUUCUGCCCGAGGACAGUCUCUUGCGCGGACAUUCUUGCAUUGGCUGCAAGAGAUGCAGUCGAAUUCUCGGGAGGGCCGAAUGUUCAGAUUCCGACAGGAAGGAGAGACGGCAAUAUUUCGUUGGCGGCGAAUGUCCGGCCCAACAUUGUCGACACGAGCUUCACAUUGGAGGAGAUGGUGAAGAUCUUCUCUUCCAAGGGGUUAUCCAUGGAGGAUCUUGUUACACUCUCAGGAGCUCACACGAUCGGCACGGCUCAUUGCAGCGCAUUCGACGCAAGGUUCAAAGUCGACUCGAACGGAAGCCUUAUGUUCAUCGAUUCAUCUUUGGAUCGACAAUAUGCAGCCUAUCUAACAAAAAUGUGCCCUCCGAGUGCUGCUAUCGGCGAUUCGAUGACUGUUAGUAAUGACCCCGCCACGCCAUUUCUAUUCGACAAUCAGUACUAUAAAGCUUUGCUGGAUCACAAGGGGCUGUUCCAGUCCGACUCUGCUCUGCUGAACGACGCCCGGAUGAAGAAUCGGGUGCUCGAAUUUGCCGGGAAUCCUGACAGGUUCUUUGAGAGCUGGGCUGUGUCCUUUACAAGACUUACCAGCAUUGGCGUAAAGACCGACAAUCACGGCGAAAUUCGACAAUUUUGUACCACGACUAAUGACUGAGACUUAGAGUUGGGAUGAAUUAAUCUUGUUUAACUUAGGAUUAGGGUGUGUUUCUUUUGAUGAAUUUGAAAAAAAAUUGGUUUGAAUUUGGUAUGAAAAUAAUGUUUAAUGAGAUGUUUUGUGAGUUAAAAUUGAA